UAGGCAGGGCUAAACAUUGAGUAUCUUCAGAGACCCAGUCCUGCUGGUGAACCAAGCAGAGUUUAUCGGAGCCCUAGCCAUAAAACCAUCAUGUCAGGGAAGAAGAACCCAGAAAACUCUUGCAGUGACAACAAGAAGAUGACAGAUCCUUCUUCUAGGCCCGAGGUACAGGUUCCUGUGAACUGUGUUUACCGCCUGCUGCAGGAGGAGCAAUAUACCCCCUGCCUAGGCUCCACCACGUCAGAUUUCCUCCUCUCCGUGUUUGAUAACCUUACUGACUACAUCCUGGAGGUGGUGGGCUCCGAAGCCAACAUCAGCAGCCAGCAAGGCAUCUCACAAGAUAGAGAGAGGCAAGGGAACAACCGUGAACCUUCUCAUGCCUUCAAGAAUGUGCCUUUCUCUAUGUUUGAUGAGACACCUGAACACAGAAGGAAUGGCUGAAGAAUGGGGGACAGAACCCAAGGGUGGGAAGCCUCACAAACUCAGCUAGGACCAUUAUGGCUAAUAGCAGAGGAGGCUCCCCUGGUGUCAAGGAACACAAAUAAAGGAACAAAAAUGAA